UUAAGGAAAUACCAGAUGAAAAAAGCAUGCAGUAGCUCACACUUCCAUGCUUGUGGUUAUUAAUGUGUGCAAUUUCUUUUAAGGAAGCAAUUUAUUUCCUUUGCUUAUUUUGCAACUGAGAAAUAGAGUAUUUAUACAAACGCUGACCGUAAGCUAAAGCAGAUAUAAGACUCAUCCAAGCCAGAUACGGAAAGUCUGUUUUCAGAGCAAGACAGAAUUAUUUAAGACCCAGCCUGGACUGCUUAUCUCUAAGAAGUGAUGUUAACCUGCCAGCUAUUUGCAAUUUGCUGCUUUGCUCAUGACCUUGUGUCCGGCCUGGCUUGUUCUUCAUUAUUCCUGUCUGUUAUAAUGGUAACGGUAUAGCGGUAUAUAAGCUGAAAUGGUAGCUUAAUACUCUGACAAUGUCAGCGGAAGCUGACAAAAGCUUACACAUAUUCGCCAUGACUGAAGAAACUACUGAAGUAAUUUACGAGGAUGGAGCCAUUCCAUGUGAUAAAACGGACAUCCAGAUGCUUGGAAAAAUCUUCCUGCCCGUAUUGUAUGGCUUGGUGUUCACCAUUGGGAUGGUAGGGAAUUUUCUAGUGGUUCUUACCAUUCUGAAAGCCAGACGCCAAAAGAGCAUCACUGAUAUUUUUUUCCUGAAUUUGGCCAUCUCUGACCUUCUUUUUGUGAUCUCUCUUCCUUUUUGGGCUUCUUAUAUUAUACGUGAUUGGAGACUUGGGAACUUCACGUGCAAAAUGGUUUCCUCUUUCUAUUCCGUGGGCUACUUCAGUGGCAUGUUUUUCAUCACCAUCAUAAGCAUUGACAGAUACCUGGCUAUUGUUCGGGCAACAUGUAUUAUGAAAUCGAGGACAGUCACCUAUGGGCACCUUAUUAGUAUAUCAAUAUGGGCCCUAGCAGUUUUCUUUGCAAGCCCCCAUUUUAUAUUCAUGCAAGAGUCAGACCGAAAGUGUACUUCAUCGUAUCCAGAACAUCUUCAUAUAAUAUGGCCUGUUUUCAGCUACUUGGAAAUGAACGUCAUUGGAUUUCUUCUCCCGAUGUGCAUCAUGAGCUACUGCUAUCUGCAGAUCAUCAGAACAUUACUGUCCUGCAAAAACCAGUGCAAACAAAAAGCUAUGAAAGUGAUUUCACUUGUGGUAAUCGUAUUUUUUCUCUUCUGGACUCCAUAUCACUUAUCACUUUUUCUGCAAGUGCUACGGUACUUUGAAGUCUUCAAAGACUGCAGUUCCUUAAGGUCUCUGGAUUACACUGUACAAGUGACUGAGACAGUAGCUUUCAGCCACUGCUGUCUUAAUCCAAUCAUCUAUGUAUUUGCUGGUGAAAAAUUCAGAAAGUACCUUUCCCGUUUGGUUCUCAAGUGCAUUUCAUUCACAUGUGCCUGUGGGUAUUGUGGCAAAUAUAGCAGUGGAGUGCCUACUGCUAUUCCAGAUUGUGCUAUGACCAGCAAUCACACCCAGAAUACAAGUGACCGAGAAAUGUCUCUCCUUCUUUGAUUGCUAAUAGUUCAAUAGUAUUUUCCUAGCACAACAAAUCUUGUGUACCAUAGUUAAUAGGAUUAUAUUUCUUUUUUAUUAUUUUUAUUAUAAAAAGUUUUUAUUGUUAUUUUUUUAAAAAACAGGACAAUAUUUCAAGUAUUCUCUUU